AUGGCUUGGAAAAGGCUUUAUUGGGAUCUGACAUUUGUGCCAUUGGGAAUUGUAAUUUCUACAGUAUAUCAUUGCUGGCUAUUGGUAAUGAUUAAGAAGCACCCGCAGAGAACAAGCAUAGGAGUAAGCAAUACUGGACAAAGUAUGUGGGUUGCAGCCAUGCUGAAGGAGAAUGACAAAAAGAACGUACUUGCAGUUCAAAGUCUGAGAAACAGCCUGAUGGGGUCAUCGCUAGUAGCCUCAUCAUCCUUCCUCAUCUGCUGUGGACUUCUGGCCUUCACAAGCACCAUCUCCGACAAGCGAGAACUCGUCCUGACCAACUUGAACCAGGUCGAGGUUUCGCACAAGUCGGCCAUCCUCAUCCUCGCCUUCAUGGCUGUCUUCUUUCUCCAGACACUUUCAAUAACUUACCUGAACCAGCUUGCUCUGGCCAUUAACACACUCGUACUCCCAGAAACCAGAAUAACGGUUGAGCAACUGUUGAUGAUGCUGGAUAAGGGGAUUCUCUUGAGCAUAAUUGGUAAUCGUCUCUUCUUCACCGCGAUGCCGCUCGUCCUUUGGAUCUAUAGCCCAGUGCUAGUCUUUGGCUCUACUUGUGCAGUUGUUGCAGUUCUGUACAUUACUGAUAUUGUUCCUAGGAAAAAAACUGUGGGUUAUGAGAAUAAUGAAAAUAGGGAAGUUGUUGCUCCAUAA